CAAAAAUUACCGACAGUGGUUAUGGAUUUGAACCAGAACAAAAAUUUAACUGUCUAUGACGUAACAAUUAAUACUAGAACACCAGCUUUAUUACAAAACAAUACCCGAUUAUAAACCUGGCCAAUCAGGUAAUACAUAAAUAUGUACAUUAAUAAACUUCUCUUCUAACUUUGUAAUACACACAUGUGUAUAAAUACUUGACCUCAGAUUCUCGCGGGUUUUUCGAAACUUCUAGAUGAAAAAGACAUGCAAUGUGGUGAAUAAAUAGCGCAAACGGUCGAAACCCUGCGUUCAAGUUCAUUUCUAUUGGUGCGCGAAAUGAGAACAAAAAUGGCGGUUGCUAUGGCAACUUAUUCGUUGAGCAUGUUUGGAUUACAAGUCGAAUAAUGUCAAUGAGUCGAGUGGAUUUAAUUUACAGAAGAUUAAUAUUAACCAAGUUUUACACGCGAGGAUGGGGAAAACCAGAAGAAAUGAAAAAGCUGCUGAAAAUGCAGAAACUGAUUUCCAACCGGAAGACAUGCGCAGGCCUUGUGUCGCCCGAUUAUAAAGUUAAUAUUGAUAAAAAGAUCGAAUAUAAAGAAUGCACGGUGUUGCGAGGUAGUUUCGUGACCCCGGCUAUGAAUAUCCUGUCGGAAGUUGUGCCGACAGUUUCACAAACCGCCAGAUUCGAAAUCGUAAUGCCGCAAAAGGAACUUCAUGACGGCAACUCUGGUGUUAGACCUGCGUGUAUACAUAUGGCUGGCACAGGUGAUCAUGGAUUCCAUCGUAGGCGGGAGUUGCUGGGGAAACCACUGUUGGAGUCCGGUAUCACGUCUGUUUUGUUGGAGAACCCGUUUUAUGGCUCAAGAAAGCCAAAAGACCAGUGGAGGUCAGGUUUACUUCAUGUUAACGAUCUAUUCGUGAUGGGGAGUUGUCUGAUACUUGAAGCCCAAGUCUUGUUGCAUUGGUUGAAAAGAAAUGGGUACGGACCACUUGGUUUGACCGGGAUAUCUAUGGGAGGGCAUAUGGCGUCAUUGGCGGCCACGAACUGGCCCGAGCCCCUUGCGGUCAUUCCGUGCAUGUCGUGGACAUCUGCGUCCGUUGUGUGGACGGAGGGUGUGCUUAGUCGUGCUAUACCAUGGAGAGUGCUAGAGCUACAGUACGCCAAGAACCCUGUGUUUGAGCGUGAGAUUAUGAAACUUAUCAACGAGGUGGAUUCGUAUACUUUGGGGAGGGAGUUCGCUGGUGAUGAUGGGAAACUAAAGGGAGGAAAUACUUUGGGGAAUCUCCCUGUAAUGAGCCAAGAACUUGACGACAAAGAUAAAAAAUCGCGCGAAGAGCGCCGUCGACAACAAGAAACUGUAAAGUUCAUGCGUGGGGUCAUGGACCAGGUCACCCAUCUGGGUAACUUUUCACCCCUGGUUGACCCUACCAUGGCAACGUUAGUCGUAGCUAGGGGGGAUGCUUACUUCCCCAAGUCAAACCUAACAUCAAUGGCUGUUGUGUGGCCAGGGUGCCAGAUUCGUGAGAUUAACAGCGGCCACGUGGCUGGUUGCCUCAUUCACACGAGUGCGUUCAACCGUGCGAUCAUCGAAACUUUCUCUCGUAUAAUCUCGAAGUAUCACAUGACCAAACCAACCAAUCAGAUCAUUGCACACAAGUCCGCGACGAACUUAAGCAAACCGCGCUACGAUUAUUCAUUUUCAUGGAAAUCAUUCUUAAGAGCGUUUGUCAUUAAAGCAUAAAAACUUAGGUUUCCAAUAUUAAUGCUUUCUUAAAUGAUGUUUAAAUAUUUCACUGCUUUUCCAAAAUUUAUUUAUUGAUUAGUUUGGUGCCGUUUGUUUGUGCAGUUUGAACAUUUAUGUUGUCACAACUUGAUUUGUGAUGAUAGUUUCGUUGUUUGAACAAUGAAUGCCUGCAGACACUGUGGUAAACCAACAUAUACAUGAAUGAAUGCAACUUACCUUAUCUUCGCGUGGCCGGAAAACAGUUGUUAUAACAUGGGUGUUCAUAUACCUCAAGCCAGUUAACAUGUAUGUUACUUUGUGGGUGAUUAUUUUUAUGUAUGUCUGAUAAUUUGGACAACCCAUUGGUGACCACUGGGUCGGAGCAAUUGUCGUUAAGUGUCUUGCCCAAGGACACAUACGCCUACAAUGGUAGCAACGACGAGGCUUGAACCCUUUAUCUCUGGGUUACAGACAGGGGCAAACCACUUUGCCACGUCUUCGUAAAAGCAAAGUUUGCAAGGACACAGAAACAAAUAUAUAUGUGUGUGUGAUGGCCAUGAAUCAAAAUAAUCGAUAAUAUAACUUUCAUUG